AAAUUUUGAUAGCUCUGCAAAUGAGUUGACGUGGUUGCCUAUAAAUUGGCCUAAUAAAUCCUAAAAUCUAAGGCUGCGCGGUGUUCUGCUUUUUCAAGUAGCUAGGUAGCAGAGUAAGUGGAACUGGAUUCCUCUUUUUGCGCCGGAGAUGGAUGUUUCAGAACUGCUUGAGAGGGUGAUGUUUCUAGAAUCGCCAUAAAAUUAGUAAACAACAGGUCGAAGGCGUGGGGAAGAUUUGGGGAGAGAAAUCACAUUACGAAAGGUGUCAUUCAUGCAAAAGGGAACAUGACUGCAAUUUUUGUGUGUUGCGAGUGGAGUGGGGCAUUUGUAAGGAUUUUCCUAAAGCGGAGAGAUCAUUAUGACUUGUUUUCAGGUCGGAGGCUAAAUAUAGCCUAUGGAGUGAGAGUCAUUUAAGAAAAUAAUUUCUUAUGGAUGGAUUUUUCUUCGCAGCACAGAAGGAGUUUUCAGGCAUGGAAUCAUAGUAGUGUUUAUGGUAUUCUUUGUAUGGUUCUGGGCAACAUCCUUGUGCUGCCCCUUUUUCAUUCUCCUUAAGGGAUGUAGCGCUUCUGGAAGCAAUAAAGGGCCUUUAUCUUAGGCAACCUCUACAAGACUAAGAUAGAUAGUCAGGGGACCCUGAAAGAUGAUCACCUUCCGACACUUCAACUCCAUCAUGGAAGCCAUUGUGCUUUACCUCAAGUACACCACUGCUCGUGCACGUCAUAAUGCCCAGGCCUCUUCUCAUCUAAUGAUGGCUACAUCAGGGGGAAAUGAAAAUUCUACUGAACAGAUUGCUCUUUCUUUGUUGGGCAAGGCUUGCAUGAGAAUGGAUCUCAUCACAAUACACGAUAUAAUGAUGGCAGUACAAUAUGAUGAUGAUAGUGUUGGUGAGCUGUCUUUCAGGGGGUGGACAAUAAAUAUGCAGAACAUACUAAAUGCAAGAAAGCAUGGUGAUCUGGCAUUCCAGGAUAAAGAUUUCGGAAUGGCUAUACUGUGGUACAAUAGAGUUAUAGAUUCUCACCUUAUAGACUCACCAACAGUCUAUGCAAGACGGAGUCUAGCAUAUCUUUAUUGUGGUCUACCAGAUCGUGCUCUUCUAGAUGCAAUGAAAGCACAUUGUUUAAAAAAUGAUUGGCCCACUGCAUUUUAUUUGCAAGCCGUUGCCCUUAUUAAACUUGAAAUGAAGGCUGAUGCAACUGAUAUGCUGGAGGAGGGUGCGUCUUUAGAGAACAUGAGAAGGAAUUUUAGAUAAAUUGACUCUUGACAUGAGAAAAUAUGUAUUUCUUGAGAUGUUUAUUUGUAAAUAAAAUAUUAGAGAAAUGAUGUAUGAUUUUAUUGCUUGAUGACGAUGACACCACUGCCUAUUUAUAGAUGUAUCUUAAAUCAUUUUUGUCUUA